AUGCGCUACCCGACGCUGAGCGCGGACGUCCGCGCGUUCGACGCCGCCGCGAGCCCGUCCUCGGACGAGUCCGCGCGCCGCGCCGCCGCGCUCGACGUCGUGCGCGACGCGGUGCGCGCAGAGUGGGGCCCCGACGCGAUCGUGAACGUCUUCGGGAGCGUCGCGUGCGGCACGACGCUGCCGUCGUCGGACGUCGACUGCGCCGUCACCGGCGCGGAGUGGGGCGGCGACGACGACGCCGGCGACGCCGCCGCCGGCGGCGGCGUCGGCGUCGCCGCGGCGCAGGACGCGAGGAACAGGGCGAUGAAGCCCGCGAUGAUUCGCGCGGCGCGGCGGCUCGCGGACCGACUCCGCGCGAUGUCGCGAUCUGGGCGCCCCGUCUCGAGCGUGCUCGCCAUCACGAGAGCGCGCGUGCCCGUCGUCCGGACGACGAUACGAUCCGUCGGCGUGGACGUCGUGUUCGGGCAGACGAACGGCGUCGCCGCGGCGGCGUGGACCAAGGCGCGCGCCGAGGCGCACGCGGAGCUCGCGCCGUUGGCGAGGGUAUCGAAGGCGUUCUUGCGAGGGAGAGGGAUGGGCGACGUCGGCGACGGCGGGGUGGGCUCGCACGCGGUGACCGUGAUGCUCGCGGCGUACUUGGACGACGCGAAGAGGAUGAAGACGAAGGCGACGAGCGGCGGCGGCGGCGGCGGCGGCGGCGGCGAGGAACGAGCCGACGAGGAGGAGGAGGAAGGAGAGGAGGACGGAGAGAUCGUCGCGCGCGUCGACGGCGACGGCGACGGCGACGACUCGGACGUCGUCGUCGACGUCGACGUCGGCGGCCUCCUCGUCGGGUUCAUGCGCGCGUGCGGCGCCGUGGACGUACGCUCGGACGUGUUCACGACGUCGCCGCCCGGCCCCGGCCCCGAACCCGUGGGAUGGCGCGAGAAGCCGACGGCGUGGAUGACCAGAAGCGAGCUGUCCGCCGCGCGCGCCGAUCCGUCGGACGCGUCGUCGGACGCCGCCGCCGCCGCCGCCGCCGUCGCGGAGCCGCCGCGUCUGGGCGUGCGCGACCCGCUCGCGCCGGAGCGGAACCUCGCGGCGGGGUCGCACAAGGCUGAGGCCGCGCUGAGGGCGCUCGGGGAGGCGGGGGAGGCGUUGGCGCGGAUGGGGCCCGCGCGCGCGCGUUUGGACGCGGUCGUGGACGUGGAAGCCGCGUUGCGAGAGCGGCCCGGAGGCGGCGACCAUGGUAGGAAACGGCCAGCGGGCGGCGGUUUCGACGGCGGGGGAGGGCUCGCAAAGUCGCACAGAACGUCGUUCCCCGCGCCGGACAUAUGA